AUGACUAUGAUUACCAUAGAGAAUAUCGGUUUCUGUUCAUCCGGUAAAGAUCUAGAUUCAUCAACCAAUCCUGAAAUCUACAAAUUUCAUUUACGGUGUUCGGAAAUUCGGGGGACGAGGCACUGGAAAAAUCCCUCACAGAAUGCUACAGCUGCCGCUGGUGUAAGAUGUACAAAUAUUGCCUUUAAAUUGAAACGCAUUUUAUAUAUCCCUACAAAGUUCAAUUCGCGUUUGCAAGUCAAGAUAUGUGCGGGAACUUUAUUGCGUUUACGGGAUUUGAUAUCAGAUGAGGAGCGUCACCGAUGUGAGACUAUUGUAUGGGAUUAUUAUAAUGAUGGCGAUAAUAGUGGAGUAAAAAUUGACCGCUACAUCCUAGAACAUGUGUCAAAGCUAAACAUGCCUCGUUCUCAGGAAGUUACUCCAGACCGCGGUGUUGUUCAAGAAUUUCUUACUAAGCUCGGAGGUGUAGCAGAAUUAACAAGAGUAUGGUGUGAGCAUGUUCGGUCACUGUGUCAACGUCUUUCCAAUAUCCGCGACCCUGCGUGCCUUCGGCCAAAAGAUUGCGGACAGCCAUAUUUACUAGUGUAGGUUUGGUGAUUUUGAUACAUCAUAAAUUCGAAGCGUUUUGAAGUGUGUCAUACUUUGUUGUUUUAUUUUGUUGAUAAGUUUUGCUCACUAUUUUGAUUUAUGACACACUUCAAGUGGACACGCAUCUGCAACGGUAUGCAGUCACGUUACAAUAUUUGAUAACCUUAAAAAAAGAGCAGUAGGUUACGACAGUAAAAUAAGUUGCUUAAAGGUACAUAUAAGGAAAAACUUGACGUAGCGCGCUUUAGAGUUAACAAUCCUAAGCCAUAUAGGAUCGGGGACAUUAGGAGAGCAUGGCCAAGUAUACAUUUGAACGAUUUGGGUAAAUAAACAUUCAUUGAAUACAUAGCCCUCUCUUUAA